GAUUUCCAACAUGGAGGUCGCAGGAUAAAAAAUGCCACAGAUCGCAGCAAAUAACUAACAUUCACCAUAAAUGGACUGCCUUUCGACUAAAUGAAACGUGUAGGAUUUUUCCACAUUAAUAGAUAGAGAACGCGUCUCAACUGAAGACCGUGAGAUUAUGUUCCGCUGGAGACUUCAAGCGUGUCUGCAGAUGAAGGCUCUACGUUGGAGCUUGCCUAACAAACUUCCGUGUCCACGUCGUUUCCACAACCUGGCCUCCAUCCAGCAGGCCUCCCUACUGCCCCAGAAGAAGCUCCAGGCUCUUCUGUUCCCCUUCAGUGCCCUGGAGGCCCACCUGGCUGGCUCUGUGGACAGGAGCCAGUUUCAACUCUUCCAGCCCAGCAUGGAAGCCCUAUCCCUGGCUGAGAAGUUGUUUUCUCCCUCUCCUUCUCACAAGAUGGAUUACCUCACCUCAGCUGUGAGGAUGGAGCACACUCCCACCCUCAACCAGCCAGAGGUGUGUUUUGUCGGCAGGAGUAACGUGGGAAAAUCUUCUCUCCUCAAAGCUCUGUUCUCCCUGGCUCCUGAGGUAGAGAUCAGAGUGUCCAAAACUCCGGGGCACACGAAGAAGAUGAACUUCUUCAAAGUGGGGAAGGCGUUCACCAUGGUAGACAUGCCGGGUUACGGACACAAGGCCCCCAAAGACUUUGUGGAGAUGGUGGAGCCAUAUCUGGAGACCCGCAGAAAUUUAGUGAGAACCUUCCUGUUGGUGGACGGUUGCGUCGGUCUUCUGAAGGCGGACAUGAUCGCCCUGGAGAUGUGCGAGGAGUUCAGACGACCUUACGCGAUUGUGGUGACUAAGAUCGAUAAGAGUGGGCGGGGCCAGCUGCUCAGCCACCUGCUGCACCUGCAGGACGUCAUCAGGACUCAGACCACAGGGUGCUUCCCCCAACCCUUCCUGGUCAGCUCCAACCAGUUUUCUGGGAUAUACCUGCUCAGGUGUUUUAUCGCCCACGUCACAGGGAACAUCCAGCUUGGGGACAUGGGACAAAGCUGACACUAGGCCUAUUGAUCAUCCUCAUCAGCUACCUAUGACUGCCCAGAAGAGAGAGAAAAUGUGUGCGUGUGUGUGUGUGUCCAACUGAUGGAAAAGUGUUGAAACUGACUGGAGAUCUGUUGACUCACCCACCCUACUGUGGUGCUGUGUCCAGGCUGUGAUACUGUGUCUAGGCUGUGAUACUGUGUCCAGGCUGUGAUAUUGUGUCCAGGCUGUGAUACUGUGUCCAGGCUGUGAUGCUGUGUCCAGGCUGUGAUGCUGUGUCAAGGCUGUGAUGCUGUGUCCAGGCUGUGAUGCUGUGUCCAGGCUGUGAUGCUGUGUCUAGGCUGUGAAACUGUGUCUAGGCUGU